AUGAAAGAGCACAAAAGUCAUGUGCGGCUGCCACGUAGAUCCAAACGAUCUUCCAGUCGUCCGCACACUGGCUCCGAUGAGGAGUUGCCCUUUGGGCCGUCCGAAGCAUGUCGCUGUGAACACUGUCAGAUCAGGAAUCGACACAGUCCCAGCGACGAGGACAAUCUGAGAGCCACAGCGAUGCUGCGCAAGGUGGACGCUGCCGUCGAGAAGAAUUUCGAGGAGGCCCUGGGCGACCUGGAGGAUUUUGUGCGCUUGCAAUCAGUCUCUGCGGACUUGGAGCUGAUAGCCGAGAGUCUGAAGGCCUUGUGCCUGUACCGCGAUCGUCUGGAGCGCAUGAGAUUCAAUAUCUAUGAGUACAGCAUCAAUGCGCCGCGUGGCGCCUGCGACACGUCACCACACCCGAAGGUUGUGUUUGCCCACUACUUCUCCUCGCCCACGAAGAACACAAUUCUGGUGUACGCGUAUCUGGAUGUGGCUCCGGCCAAGUUCGAGGAUGGCUGGCUGUCGGAGCCCUUCGAGUUCUACAUGAACGACGACAUGCUGUACGGGCGUGGAGUGUGUACCGGCAAGGGCAUGGCCGUGUGCUGGCUGCAGGCCAUCGAAGCCUGGAUGGAGAAGAGCGGCGAUCUGCCCAUAAAUAUCAAGUUCAUUGUGGAGAUCAUGCACGCCGUGGGCAGUGUCGGACUGCAGCACUACCUGGAGGUGAAGAGAGAGUUCUUCCUGGACGUGGACUGCAUUGUGUUUGGCAACAAUUCCUGGAUAAACGACGACAAGCCCAUGAUGAGCUGCAGCCUCACCGGCUGGGCGCACUUUGGCCUGGAGAUGCGCGGCGCCACAAAGACCCUGGAGGGGGGACUGGCGGGUGGACUCGUGUAUGAACCCAUGACGGAUGUUUGUGCGCUGAUGAACAGCCUCGUGGACAAUCUCCAUGUGCUGCAGGUACCCGCGAUCCAGCACAUGGUGCGGCCCACUCUCGUCACGGAGUGGGCGCUGAUCGAGUCGGCGAUAUUCAGCGAGUAUGCCUACAAGGAGCUGUUCGGCAUCAGGCGUCUCCGGUUUGAGCUGACAAAGGCCGAGCUGCUGCACAAUCGCUGGUGCCAGAGCACCAUGAGCAUGCACGGCAUCGAGGGCUGCUACAGCCGCAAGGGCUCAUCCACUUCGUUGCCCAUGUCGGUGAUGGCAAAGUUUUCCAUCAAACUUUUGCCCGAUCAAACGGUGAACUUGGUGCACACCCACAUCGAGGAGUUUCUGCGCACAAAGUGCGAGGAACUAAAGACGAGAACCACCCUGAAGGUGCAUCUGCUGGACUCGUGCGAUCCCAGCCUGUGGGGCCUCGAUGCCAGGUACAGCAAGGCGCUCGUGCGCUCCAUCAGCCGCGUCUAUCAGCUGGAGCCGGAUCUAUCGAUGAACAUUGUCACCUGCCUGCCCAUUGCCAGCACAUUCAAGAAGAUCACCGGCAAACCCAUCAUCCUAAUGCCCUAUGCCCAUCGCAUGGACUACUCGCACGUGGUCAACGAGUCCAUCCCGAAGCAGUGCUUCCUGCGCAACAUCAAGCUCUGCACGGGCCUCAUGCACGAGCUGUCGCUGCUGCCAGCACGCUGCAAGUGCGACGUCAUCUUUGAGUACUGCAAUCGCCAAGGCAUUGCCGAGAUGCUCAAGCCACCCACACAGAAGACCCUGCCCAAGCCGAGUAUUUUCGCGCAUAUCAGAAGAUCCAAAUCCGUGAGGCCGCGGGACCAGCAACCAGCGGAGUCUGAUCCAAAUAAACGCAAAAAGCUCAAGGAUUGGCUGUGUGCGCCAUUUAGGCGAAACAGGAUGAGCGCGCCAAAGUAA